UAGCUCCCUCUCGCGAGCGUUGACAGCGCUGCCGCCCGUUCCCUUAUAUGGCGGCCAGACGAUUUUAGCAACAACGACUCAACUGUGCUUCUUGGGAUGUAAAAUGACGACAACAUCUCUUUCAACUUUUUUUAAUUCUCCUCGACCUGAAAUCAUCUCCACCUGAAACAUAUCGUCUGCCUGGGUUGUUCGAGAACCUGUCGACAUGUGAUCUUUUCAUAAACAGAACGUUGAUCCCGGUGAAAUGAUAUUCUGAACAAUGAUUAAAUAUCUUGGAUAACUACUAAUCUUCCUGUUAAGUCACGGUUAGUGUUCGAAAAAAGACUGCGUAGGUGAUAACUGAAAAUUUUGUGAUUGCAUCGAAUAUCACGCGAAUAUUUCAAACAGUAGCUAGCAGACGACAGUGAUGAGGAACAUGUGACAGCGGAAAAGAAUUUAUUUUGUGAUAACCGGAAGUGCUGCAAUUCUAUUAGAGAUGUGUUAAGUGGGAUAUUAUUUUAUGAGACUGCCUUGAGUAAGUUUUGUUUUUGAAACUUUAGUAUACAGCAAAUGUUUACGUUGAAUUGUGCAAGGAAGAUUUAACUGCAAAAUCGUUUUGAGCAAAAUAUUUAAGGGUCAAUAUAUUUAAUUUUUUUUUUGUUUAGUUUGGUGAGAUUAAGAUAAUUGUAAAGAAUUUAUCUGUUUCUGUUUCAAUAGAAAUCUGAUAAUCUAUUUGCUAUAGCUAUAAUAAUUUAAUAUUGUUUUAGUUUGUUUUUAGUAUUUUAAAUAUAGUUAAUACUAUUAUUAUUAUUAUAUUUAGAAUAUUGUAAUUAUUUUUAGAGGAGUAAACUAAAUAUUUAUCAGUUAAUACCUCCUGUGUAUUCACAGUAAAUUUGAAGAGAAUUAAGUUUAAGUUUUUAAUUGUAUUUCAUCUGCCAUUAAUAUUCCAUAUAGUGUGGUAAAUUUUAAUAAUAAUUUUCUCUCAUCUAAAAACUUUCGAAAGUGACGGUUGAAUUUAUAUGCAGUUUAAUUAAUCUGAAUUAAUAUGCAAUUUAUUUAAUUUCAUGAAUAAGGUUUUUUAAUUUAUUCAUAAUCGUAAAAGUACUGCUCAGAGUCUCAAGUCAAGAAAAUUUAAGAUAAUUAUUUUGUUAACAUAAAGAAAUUUAAGCAAUUGCUAAAAUUACAAAUACAUAUCGGCUGACAUAUUUUCUUCAAAAUGUAAUGAAAGGUGUAGGAAUUGUUAUCACAUAUUUUUGUGCAAAAUCCUGUUGAUUCAUUGAACAAACUAGGUGCAUCAGUUUCUAUUUAGUAUGCUCACUAAUCAUGUGAGCUGCCAUUAUGUAGUGACCUCUGUGACUUUCUAUCAUAGUGCCUUAGUGGAUUUAACUCGCAGCCGUUCCGUCCAUGCCGUAGAGCACGAUCCAUGUUGUCCUGAUCCAACUAAACUCUCAGCUUCGGAAUGCAAAGCUGUCCAUUAUGGAUUGUGCUCUCCACUUUUGAAACUGCCCUCUUUCUCCAUUCCUCCAGCUGUAACGUCGACCCCAUCAUCUCCAGCCACUCCUAAGGGUAGCAGCUCUUCCCCUUUGGUAUCUUCAACCCCAAGCUCUCCUGUUACGCCUAAAGGAACAGCACCCACUAUCGCUGAACUCUUAGGUGCUGCUGCACUUUCAAAUAGAAACACUCCAACAACGGUUUCUUCACCUAUUUUACUUAGGUCAACCUCACCAGUGGUAUCCAGCCCUGCUGUUUGUUCGCCAAAUCCGGCAGGUACGCAGAGCAAGAUGACAUCGCCUACUGCUGUAGUGCCAACCACUAAUGCUGUAGGAUCUUCUCAGAUGGAAAUGUUAGAUCCAGUGACUCUGUUAGCAUCAGAUCUUGAAGAUCAGCUUGAAGCACUUGUAAACACAUUUGUUGCCCAAGACAAAGUAAGACUAGCGGCUCGAAAGAAAGCAGAAACUUCACCUGGGGGAGGUAAAACUUCUCCUUCGACAAAUAAAACGAUAUCACCUAUUAAGAAAUAUGAUAAGAAAAUCAAGGAAGAUAGGUCUUCCGAUGACGAAUCAGCAUCUUCUCUUUCUAGCGAAACUUCUCAGUCUUCUAAAUCUGAUGGUCAUUCGAAGAGAACAACAGGAAAUAAAACUAUAAAAAACUCUAAAGUUGCUUCAGAUGCAGGAAUAAAUGAUAUUAAAAGAUUUUCCUCAACUGAUGUUCAUUCUGAUAGAAAUUUUCAUCCCUUCGAAGGCAGUGAGCUUAAGCAAGCUAAUAUGUUCGUUGCGCAAUUUGAAGACAUGUAUGAAAGGGCAUCCUCGCCGUCUCUCAAAACAUCAGUUCUACCAUCUUUGAAACCAUCAGCUGAGUAUCAACAAACAGGUGUUAAAGCACAGAUUACAAAAUUUGCAUCGAAAGAAAAAGAUACUUUUCAAAACUCUCCAACAAAUUCUCUUGAACGACGCCAAUCUCCAAAAUUCAAAUAUGAUGCUCAAGAACAGUUCACUCAACCUGGGGUCUCAAGAAGCGGUCCUCUUACAUUAGAUGCCUUACAAGAACUUUUGCUGACAUCAUCUGGUACUGAUACUUCUGUGCAACCUAUACAAACUACUAUCUUUCAGAGUACAAGGGUUCCUACUACGCCUUAUACUGGCCCAACUCCUGUGGUGCACAGUUCUGCUAAAAUUUACAAUGAGCGAAAUGAAAAUUAUCCCUCAUGCUAUAUUAACGAAGCUUGCAAAGAAUUUGACCAUGAUGUGUCUCGGAUUGCUAAAGCAAGUGCUAGUCAAAGUAAUAAUUAUAUUCCCCAUGUUUCUGCUAAAUCUGGGCAAGAACAUGUUCAGUCUGCUGUGGAUUAUGCCAAAACAAGAUUUCAGAAUGUUCAGCAGGGACAUAGCAAAGAUGAUACCGAGGCCAAAGUAAUAAAGAAUGGACAUCUAGUCAGUGACGCCAAAUCUAAGUGGGAGAAUCACCCCCAGCAAAAUUGGAAUGAUCAUCAACUAGUCACAGAAGUGGAUAGUUCCCUUCCAGAACCUUUGAGGGAGGCAUUACAAAGAGGCAGUCAUAAGAGGACCUUGUCCAUGGAAGGUCUCUUGGAUGUUCCAAGUCCUUCCAUUCCCCAUCCUAAACUUACGUCUGCUCAAAAGCAACAUAUUAAAGAGCGGUCCCUCUCACCAACUGACCGCCAUUCCCAUGUGCCUAUUCGUCCAUUUUUGACAAAAGGAUCUGUAGCUGAAAGAGUUUUACUGUUUGAGUGCUGCCCAGAUAGGGCUCUUGAGAGAACAUCAUCUGGAAAUAAAUCGAAACCCAAUCUUAUUAGCACCUGGAGACCGGGAAGUAGUGAUGUUCAGAAUAAAACACAGGUGAGUAACAUUUACAAUUAUUUUUUGUUCCAUGCCAUUUAA